AUGGAGCGACAUGGUCAACAGAAGCUCAGUAUUGCACGGUCAAGUGGCAACGAUGACCUGAAGGUGAGCCCCGUUUCCAAGAUGCUACUCACGAUGAAGCGAUCGCCCGAAUAUGGACAGUGCGACUGGAUACAUUACUCAGUCUGCAGCCCAACAGAGCGUGUCAGAACGUUCAGAUUCGUCUAUCAAUAUAUUGCAUACAUGUAUCGCGGUAAGAGGUGA